AUGGUGGAAGAACUAGAAAUACCACAAGAUUGGUCAGACUAUGCUCUUUGGUGGGAGCAAAAAAAAUGUUGGCUUCUGAAGACCCACUGGACCCUCGAUAAAUGCGGGGUGCAGGCAGAUGCUAAGCUGUUCUUUACUACCCAGCACAAAAUGCUGCGGCUUCGCCUGCCAAACAUGAAGACUGUGAGACUGAAAGUCAGCUUCUCUUCUAUGGUAUUCAAAGCUGUCAGUGACAUCUGCAAAAUUCUCAAUAUUAGACGGUCAGAAGAACUCUCUUUGUUGAAGCAAUCAGAAGAUGCACUCAAAAAGAAAAAGAAAAAAGACAAGAACAGCAAAGAACCAGUUACAGAAGAUAUUUUAAACCUGUGCAACUCUCCAGUGAGUUCUGGAUUAUCAGGAGGUCCAGGUUUAUAUAGUAAAACCAUGACACCCAUUUAUGAUCCCAUCAGUGGGACACCAGCUUCUUCUACCAUCACUUGGUUCAGUGACAGUCCCUUGACUGAGCAGAACUGCAGCAUCCUCGCGUUCAGUCAUCCCAACUGCUCUCCAGAAACAUUAGCAGAGAUGUACCAGCCUCGGACUUUAGUUGACAAAGCCAAACUCAAUGCAGGCUGGUUAGAUUCAUCUCGAUCACUUAUGGAACAAGACAUUCUGGAGGACGAUCAACUUCUUUUACGCUUUAAAUAUUACACUUUCUUUGAUUUGAAUCCAAAAUAUGAUGCAGUGCGAAUAAACCAAAUCUAUGAACAAGCCCGCUGGGCCAUCCUGUUGGAAGAAAUUGACUGCACAGAGGAAGAAAUGCUGAUCUUCGCUGCGUUACAGUAUCAUAUAAGCAAGUUAUCGUUAUCAUCAGAGGCACAAGAUUUCCCCUGUGAGUCAGAAGUAGAUGAAGUAGAAGCUGCACUUUCUAAUCUGGAAGUGACACUGGAAGGUGGAAACGCAAGUAACAUUUUGGAGGACAUCACAGACAUCCCGAAACUUGCUGAUAAUCUCAGGCUAGUUAGGCCCAAGAAGCUGUCACUCAAAACUAUCAAGUCAUACUGGUUUGUCUUUAAGGACACUUCAGUGUCUUAUUUUAAAAACAAGGAAUCCGCACUGGGAGAACCCAUUGAGAAACUAAACCUAAAAG